AUGGAGCAGGCAGGACUCGUGGCGGUGGAAUCCCAACUGUUUAGUGUGGCGCACCGGCACCUACAGGUGUCCUUCGGGGCGACGAAAGUAACGCGCGGCGAUGAUAGCGUGGUCUUUGAGCUCUCGCCGCUCGAGGAGGGUGAGGGCCGUCUGGGCGAAGAGGUGCAGCGGCUCUGCACAAUGCUCGUGCGUGAGGUGACUGGACGCACAAGCCUCCACCUCACCGGUGAGGACAGCGAGACAGAUAUCGUAUCCCUUAAGGCGAACAUGGUGUCGUUCAGCACAUUCAUGGCGGACGCUGCCAGCCUUGACACGCCGCCGGCGGAGUUAGAGUCGCUACCANAGGCGAACAUGGUGUCGUUCAGCACAUUCAUGGCGGACGCUGCCAGCCUUGACACGCCGCCGGCGGAGUUAGAGUCGCUACCAAGCGAGCCGCAUGUGCAGCAAAUGCUGGAGAUGCUCUACACCGACGUGGUCUCGGACGCAGCCAAGGGGGCACGCAUCGUGACGAAAUUCCCCAAGGCCAUGUGUCCCACAGGUGUUCGGCUCGACGUGCUGCUGGCAAAGGCAGUGUGCGUUCAGGUGUUCUCCAAGACAGAGGAACAAUUGUUGCCGGAGAAGCCACAACUGGAUAUGGAUACGGCCAUGUUUGCGGCUUCGGUGUCCACAUUUUCACUGCCAAAAGGACCGCUCAUGAAGGUGUGGAUCGACCUGCGAGCAUUGGCGAACGCCAUCUCCUCGUACUCCACGGCCUCUAUCGAAGGCGAGCUCCCGUCGCAGUGGCGCCACAAGUCUAUGGCCCUGCCGGAGGCGUCGGAGGUGCUGAAACUCGUCCAUGCCACCCUUCGCUCAUACUGGAACCGCAACCCGAGAAAUGAACGCACAAAGGUAAACGCUAUGUCGCUACUGUUCAUUGUCUCGGGCGACCUGCGGGAGUACAUUAAGAGCCAGAUCCUGCUUGAGAGCUCCGACUGGCGGGGCCCGUGGCGCAUGAACCUCGAUCAUCUCGAAAAGGCCCUGGAUCUCAUCAAGGAGUGGAACGCCAUGACGCGGGCGCUUCUGAAGGAGGAGUGGACAGGCUGGGACGGUGGCCACUUCCAUGACCAGUCACUUGAAAACUUCACCAGUCGACUACAGGAUGUGGUGCGUAUCCGGCAGCUGCUGGUAAGCGCGUCGAAGCUUGCACAAGGGAAUCUGCAGGACGGCAUCGCACCGGAAGUCAUAUUCGAGGAAGAAAGCCUCACCGAUAGCAAAAAGACGCCGAACGAGCGGUGGGCAAAGUGUACGGCCAAGUUUGAGAAGGAGUUUUCGUUUCUUGAAGACAACCUGCGCGGCCGUGUAAAGCAAUUGUUCAACAGCCAGCAGCAAGGGCCUGACGGGGCCAUCCGUCUGUUGCAACAGCACCGGAUGCUGCUUCGGCGUGAAGGUAUUCGAAGUGGAAUACAAAAGGAGUUGGAGUCUGUCCGGGAGAUUCUUCUUCAGCAGCUGCAGAAGGUGCGGGCACGAUUUGACAACAACAAGCUCCGUGCCACAACCGACCUACAGAUGCUGCGUAUGCUCAAGCGUUUCCGGGCGGAGUGUGCACAGGUAGCGGAAAAUGCCGUGAAGCUCUUUGGAUCGACAGAGGACCUCAAUCAAAUUGUAGAUGCCGCAAGAACGAUCAUGAAGGAGGCGGAGCAGAACGAGCAUGAGGUGCUGGUGUCGUGGAAGCAAAGCACGGAGACGCAGUGCAAAAAAAUGAUGGAAUUGCCAGAUGCAUUCACGAUCAGUUGUACUAGCAAGGACUACGUCGUGUGCGCGACGCACGCGUCGGUGAAGCAGUUCUUGCUGGAGGUCCACAGUGUACGCAGUUGGUGCGGUGACGACGGCACUAAAGGCUCCAAGGAGGCGCUACUGAGUGAAGAAGCAGAGAGCACCGUGGUGUCCUGCGAGCGGCUCAGUGAGGCGGCGACACGCACCAUGCAGAUUGUGAGUAACUACAACACUGUGCAGCGUCAGAUGUUGUGUUGCACGCGUCCCAUACUGGAAGUUGCGUCAGCCCACGCGUUGUCGCAGAUGCUUUACGAGGGCGCUGACAAGCGCGUCGUCCCCCUCGCUAACUACCACGAGUUGGAGGCACUCAACAUGCGGUUCCAGAACGCGGUGGAGGGGCUCAGCAACGACAACCGUCGUAUACGCCGCUUCCACUGCGACUUUAUCAGCCAGGUGAUCGCGCUGCGCAAUGUCGAUCUUGCACGGCACAUGGACCAGUGGCGCACUGCUGUGGAUGGUAUGCGGAGCUCCUUCGAGGAGUUCUUGCACAGCCACCACUUUGAGCACUACGAUAUGUGGCGGAAGCAUCUUGACGCGCAGAUCUACAAAGCUCUGGAACACCAAUAUCAGCGUGGCCUGGAGAGCCUGCACGAGAAGAUGGAGGAGUUCAAGGUGGAGCUUGUCUUCAAGCAGGGGCAGGUGUAUUUUAAACCCAGCUUCGAGGCGAUGCGGGAGGCGUACUACGUGAAGCUGCGGGAAUUUGUUAGUGUGCCGCUGCGCUUCCGCGGUCUACAACCCAAGCGGGAAGGUGGUGGUCUGUACGAGAUGUACCCGAUAAUGCCGCUCGUCAACAAGGCGCGCCUCGUCAUGGUGCAUUUGAAGGCGAUGGAGCUCUUCACGAAGCUCAACCGUCUGCGGAAGGCCUUUCGAUUGUACAUGGUAGUCGGGGCCUGUGGCGUGAACGGUGCCCCUGACAUUGACACGCUGGUGGAGGAGGCCUGCAAGACGUUGCAGCAGUUCAUAGACGGCUUCGCUGUGGUCAAGGAGCAAGAGCGGAAACUGCAAUGCAUCGAAAAUAGCAUGAAAGUGGACUGCUUCACAAUCAGCUGCAUCCCAGUAAAGGCAAGCAUGGAAGAACAGCUGCGGCGCCUUGAGGAAUCACUGCUGAAUGCAAUGCGGAAGACACUGCACAAGACUCUGGGUGACAUUGACUCCUUUGUGUUCAACGCCUCCAACAUUAUUACGCGCCAGCCCACCACGAUGGACGAGGUGGGGCAGGCGAACAAGGCGUACUAUGAGUUCUAUGAGACAAUGCCAUCGUAUGAGGCCAAGUUCGCCGAUGUAGAGGCGAUGAACCGUGUCCUGCGUCAACAGUCAGGCACCGCCAUUGACCUCGGCGCCACCAAGUCACGCUGGGAGCAUCUGCGCGAGGCGAUGGCAUCGCACCAUAAAAUUAUUGAUGCCUCCGUGUCAAAGAUGCGGGUCUCGCUGGACAGCAUGAUCCAAAAGCAUAUCAAGGACGGGCAGCGUUUCGCCAGCAAGUGGACAAAACAGAAGCAGCAGCUCAUUACUGCCUUCAAGCAGAAAAAAAUGGAGCAGAUUGAAAAAAUAUUGGCCGCGAUGAAGGACCAGUUCAGUGAGCUGGAAGAUCUCAAAACGGAGGGAAAUGACCUCAUGUCGAAGUGUGAAUACUUCAAGCUCCCGCCCCCUAACUUCCAGCAGAUGAACGCCACCAUAAAGGACGCGACGCACACUGCCGCCAUGUGGGACCUCUACGACGUCUUUGGCAAGAGCCUGGAAGUGCUGCGCAAGGAAGACUGGCUGACCUUCCGCUCCCACACAUAUAUGUUUGACGACUUCAUCAAGGAGUGGCGGGAGAAGGUGUCAUCUAGUGAGAACGGGGGAAANGAGAAGGGUGACAGCGGUAUCAUUGCACAAUACUUGCAGGACCUGCUCAGUGAGUGGACCGCAUGCGUUCCACUGCUGCGCUUCGUCCGCGGCGAAGGCAUGAUGACGGAACACUGGAACGAGAUGUUCCGCCUGCUGGAAAUGCCGAAGGGGGUGAAGAGCGCGGAGCUUACCUUUGGCGAUAUCCUCGACCACCACAAGCAAAUAAUUGCGAAGGAGCAGGAGUUGAAACAGCUUCAUGCGAGGGCGCAGGGCGAAGUGCAGAUACGCGACGCGCUGCAGGAUCUUCGUGCAUGGGCGUUGGAGGCCACCUUCACACUCAUCACCCCUACCGACGCGACAGUGCCAGUCAAGGUAAAACUUAUCACCGACUGGAAGGAGAUCAUGACACAGGUGAGCGACAACCAAGCCCUCAUCAGCUCCCUCAGGGACAGCCCCUUUUUCCCCCACUUCGCGGAUGAGAUUGGCGGGUGGGAGGUGAAGUUUACGACGCUAUCGGAAGCGCUCAUGCUGCUCAGCACAAUACAGCGGAAGUGGACGUACCUCGCGCCCAUCUUUGGCCGUGGUGCUCUGCCGCAGGAGCAGGCGCGGUUCAAACGCAUCGAUAAGGAGUUUCUGUCGAUUCUGCAUGAGGUUGAGGCGGAUCAGCGUGUGAUGACCAUCGCCUCACAGACAGAUAUUGUAGAUCGAUUAAAAACCAUUUUAGAGCAAAUCGAGCGUUGUCAAAAGUCUCUCAUUGAAUUCCUUGAGACCAAACGAGAGAGCUUCCCGCGCUUCUACUUUAUCAGUGACGAGGAUAUGCUAGAAAUCCUUGGUCAUAGCAAGAACCCUCCUGUGAUUCAGGCACACCUGAAGAAGCUUUUCAUGGGCAUUCAUUCAGUUGUAUUCAGUGAGGAUCAAAAUGCAAUCACGCACAUGGUGUCGGCCGAUAGGGAGGAGGUGACACUCAUGCACCCCGUCUCCAUUGAGGACGAUGAUGUGGAGAAGUGGUUAAUACGCCUAGAUGAUUGCAUGAAGGAGACGCUGCACGAUCUUCUUGUUGCCUGUGUUCAAGUGAAGGAUACAACUGCAGAGCCUGAGAUUGAGACAUACCCAUCACAGAUCCUGCAGGUGGCGUUGCAGGUCCACUUCGCAAGGCAAGUGGAAAAAGCGAUUAUGACAGGACAUCUGGCGAAGUUGGACGAGAUGCUGCGGAAUCGCCUAAACCACCUGACGCGGAUCUCCGCCGAUGUGAACAGUGUGACAAUGCUAAAGGUGAAGGCCCUCAUUCUCGACGUCAUCCAUCAAAUUGAAAUUGUUGAGUUGUUAGUGGCGAAGGAUGUGAAGUCGUUGAGUUCAUGGUGGUGGCAGAAGCAGCUGCGGUACUACAUGGAUGAUGGUCAUCAUUGCACUGUCGCCAUGAUGGACACGGUCUUUGACUACACGUAUGAGUACCAAGGCAACGCGGCAAAGUUGGUGCACACCCCGCUGACGGAGAAGUGCUAUCUUGUGCUCACAAAGGGCAUGGACCUCGGCUACGGCGGCAAUCCCUAUGGGCCUGCUGGUACCGGGAAGACGGAGUCUGUCAAGGCGCUAGGGAGUGUAAUGGGACGGCAGGUGCUGGUGUUCAACUGUGAUGAGGGCAUUGACUUCAAGGCCAUGGGUCGAAUCUUCAUCGGCAUAGUGAAGUGCGGGGCAUGGGGCUGCUUUGACGAGUUUAAUCGUCUCAAGAUUGAUCAGCUGUCUGCCAUUUCACAGAUGAUUCAGAUUAUUCAGGGAGCGAUCAAGAAUCAGGAGCCGACAUGUCAGCUGCUUAACCGUGUUGUGCAAGUAAACAAGAAUGCUGGUAUUUUUGUCACCCUCAAUCCAGCAGGGAAGGGCUACGGUGGGCGAACCAAACUGCCAGACAACUUAAAGCAGCUGUUUCGCGAGGUCGCCAUGAGUGUGCCAGACAAUGAGCUCAUCACCUCCACCAUGCUGCUGGCCGAAGGCUUCACACAUGCCAAGGCUCUGUCAACGAAGAUUGUGGAGUUGUACCGCCUCUCUGGACAACUCAUGUCGAAACAACAGCAUUAUGACUGGGGUCUGCGCUCCCUGAAGGCUGUUCUACGCCUUGCUGGGACGCUGAUGCAGAAGUGGAAAACAGAAAAUGGGGUGAAUGUAGCCUCAGAGACCCAAGAGGCGGAGCUGAUUCUACAAUCUCUGAACACGAACAUGCUAAGCAAACUCACCUUUGAUGAUGCUCGCCUCUUCCGUGGGCUGACGGUGGAUGUGUUCCCGCAGGUUACCGCCAACGCGAUAACGUACGGGGAACUUGCCGGAGCUAUUGAGGAGGCUGUGCGAAAGUUGCAGCUCCAGCUUAUCCCGGCUCAGAUCAGCAAGGUGCUGCAGUUGUACGAGACCCUGAACCAACGCAUGGGAGUCGUGCUGGUUGGCCCAAGCGGAAGCGGCAAGAGCACACUGCUCCGCAUCCUCCGCAAGGCGUUGAAGCUUCUGCAUGUGGAGGUGCCGCUGCACGUAAUGAACCCCAAGGCGGUUUCGCGGCGGCAGCUGCUCGGUUACAUGGACCCCGACACGCGGGAGUGGUACGACGGUGUCCUCUCUGCUGCAGCACGGGAGGUGGUGAAGUGUCCGAAGGAGUUUAGAUCGUGGAUUCUGUGUGACGGUGACAUCGACCCGGAGUGGGUGGAGUCUCUAAAUUCGGUACUCGAUGACAAUAAGUUGUUGACGCUCCCGAAUGGUGUCCGCAUUCAGUUUGGAAAUAACGUUAAUUUCCUUUUUGAAACACACAGUCUGGCCUACGCAUCGCCUGCUACCGUUUCACGUAUGGGUGUCAUCUUGUUAUCUGCGAAUGAUGUCAGUGUAGAGAGCGCAGUGGAAACAUUCUUGAAGAAGCAGUCACCUGAGCGUCGCGAAUUUUUUGAUCCACUUAUCAAGAAGUAUCUCAGCCCAGCCGUGGACGAGGUGUUGAAACUUGAAGCACUCGUCGUGCCAACCACACGCAUGGGUCUUCUUAACUGCGGUUUGACGCAUGUUCUGAACGUCAUCAACGAGGAAGACUUCGUUCUCUCGCUAAUGCGAGGCCUCUGUGGGGUUCUGCGUCCCUCUGGCGCCCAACAGAUAGCGGCAUUUCUCUUUGAAAAGAGCAAACUAAGUCCCAUCUCCAGUAAGCGCCCGUGCGACACGUACUACGACCGAGAGAAGAAGCGUCUUGCGGAGUUCACAGCCGACCUCCGCGUGGAGGUGACUCCCGAAUCGCUCCUCAGGGGCGCGGCAGUUGUCAACACUGUCGAUAUGCAACGUCUGCUGACGACACUCGGUCCCAUCAUGGCCGAUCCCAACUGUCGACCACUGUUUCUUAUAGGCCCAGAGGGCUGCGGAAAGAGUGUCGCGCUGCAUCGCUGCUUCGCCAGCUACCCAGGCAUCCGCACAACAGUCCUCCACUGUAGCGCACAGACAACAUCGCUGCAUCUCAUUCAGAAGCUGGAGCAGUUAUGUGUUCUCUCCAGUACUGCCACAGGCCACUCGUACCGCCCCAAAGAGGGUGAACGGCUAGUGGUCAUCCUGAAGAAUGUGAAUCUCCCCAAACCCGACAAGUACGGCACAGUAGAGCUCCACGCUCUCUUGAUGCAGUUGAUCAUGUAUCACGGUUUCUAUAACAGUGAUCUUGAGUGGGUAAGCAUUGAAAGAAUACAGUUCGUGGCAAGUAUGAAUCCUACGACAUCUGCUGGGCGCUAUGCCGUUGCCCCUCGACUCCUUGCCAUUGUGUCUAUAGUGUACAUGUCGUACCCAUCACGUUCUGGUCUCGUACAGAUCUACACUACAUUCUUCACCUCGCUGCUGAAUAGCACAGGUGUGGGGCAAGGAAAUGGUUACGACAACGGCAGCGUGUUGGCUCAGUUUCUGAUCGCUGUUUCAGAUAAGAUUCGUAGUCAUUUCGAGGGUGAAGAGCACGCCCACUUCUUAUUCUGUCCCCGUAGUAUCUCCAACUGUGUUACGAACCUCCUCAUGUACGACAUUGACCCACGGACGACGUCGCUUCCAGCAGUCUUAGCCCAUGAAACAUUAUGCAUCUUUGCGGAUUGCCUCUCACGGCCUGAAGAUCGUCGGAAGGCCGAGAAGAUAAUAUCGGAGCUGCUCGCAACGAUUGGCUACUCACUGCCUUCAAAGGAGGAGGCGAAUCCCAUCAUGUUUGUCUCGUGGUUUAGCGAGGAAAAUGAACGUGGGGUGCGGCUGCUUAAGGGAGUGCCGUAUGGCACCAUCGCCGCAGAGGUGGAGCGUGCGCUGCUGAAGUACAGCCGCGAGUUCAAACAACUCAACGUGCACAUCAUCCCCGAGGCGCUGGCGUGGAUCACACGCGUAGACCGCGUGCUGUCGCGCCCGUGCGGCCACCUUAUCCUUGUUGGGCGCCCGGGCGUGGGUCGUCGCAACGCUGUCUGCCUCACGGCAUACAUGUCACGCAUGGAGGUUGUGACCCUCAACAUGAUGCAGGGAUACAGCGUGAAGAACUUCCGACAGGACGUGCGACAGUUUGUGCAGCGCGCCACCACACAGAAUGAGCGCAUGGUGCUGAUUAUCGAUGAACAUAACAUCGUCGAUGAGAGUUUUCUCGAGAUUAUCAACGGUCUCGUGAGCAGCGGUGAGGUGCCUGGGUUGUUUACACCGGAGGAAUUAGAGACUAUGCUCGCCCAGCUGCGGGAGGAGGCGGCGAGUGAUGGAUACAUUGGCACCAUCUACUCGUACUUCCUGCAACGCCUGCGGCGCAACCUGCGCAUCGCACUCAUCAUGGACAACCGUCAUGCGCUAUUUUUGGUGCGUCUCCAGUCAAAUCCCGGCCUCACGAGCAACUGUGAUUUGCUAUGGAUGGGAACGUGGAGUAACGACGCCACACGCACAAUCUGUAAGAAGCGCCUGCGUUCUGUGAUAAAGCGCAUUGAGGAGGAUCCAGCGAACAAGGGAUUUCACCUCCACCGCGAGCUCUUCGCCGUGCAUGAGGCGUUUGGCGACGAAGCUACACCAGGUCGCUUUCAGGUACUCAUGGAGACGUACGAGUCGGUGCUGGAAAAGAAGAGUGAGAAUAGUCUGACGGAUUUGAAGCGUCUCGAGGCUGGUCUCGCCAAGCUGCAUGAGGCGGAGAUGAGUGUGGAGAAGAUCCAACGCGACGUGACGCGCAAGAAGGAGGAAGUUGAGGCGAUGCAACACGAGGCCGACAAGGCCCUGACGCAGAUACAGAAGAAGAUGGAGGAGUCGAAGGAGCAACGCGACAGUGCGACGGAGCUGCAGGAGCGGUUGAAGACCGAGCACGAGGAAAUCCUGGUGAAGCGACAGAAGGUGGAGGAUGAGCUGAGUGGCAUCAAGCCCUCGCUCGAGGCCGCACGCGAGGCGGUCAGCUCGAUUCGCAGCGAGCAGCUCAACGAGAUCCGCUCGCUCAAGGCACCGCCGGAGCCGGUGCGCGACGUGCUGGAGGGCGUGCUCGCUUUGCUUGGCGUCACGGAUGUGUCUUGGCAGUCGAUGCGAAAGUUCCUCGGUGAGCGCGGGGCGAAGGAGCGCAUUCUUGACUUUGACGCGGAGAAGGUGACAUCGGCCAUUCGCGAGAAUGUCGCGCGGCUGCUGCAUCAGAAGGCGACUUCGUUUAGGCCGGAGGUGAUUCACCGCGCAUCAGUCGCGGCGGCGCCGAUGGCGGCGUGGGUGAGGGCGAUGGUUGACUACUCCACCAUCCUUGAGCGCAUCGCACCGCUCAAUCGGCAGCUAAAGCAACUAGAGGCGCACCAGAAGGAAGGCGAGGAGCAGCUGCGCGCGCUCAAGAAGAAGCUGAAGCAAAUUGACGAAGCGGUUGAGGAGCUGCGCCAGGAAUUCUCCAAAAAGUGCAAGGAGGCGGAGCGGCUUAAGGACGCACUGGAAGAGGCACAAACAGAGUUGCACAAGGCAUGCGAGUUACUUGAGAAACUGAGCGGUGAAAAAACGCGUUGGGCACAAGAUGUGGAGAAGAUUCAGGUGAAUAAUCGCCUGCUACCGAAGCGGGCCCUCAUUGCCGCCGCAUUUAUGACGUACAUAGCGAAGGAGACUGAGGGUGUGCGGCAGCGAUACUUCAAACAGUGGUCAGACCGCCUCAACUUCCCGUCGAUGGAGACGGUGACAGGAUUCAUGCGGGGCGAGAGCGAUCUGCUGCAGUGGAAGAGCGAAGGCCUGCCAGGCGAUGACCUCAGCCAAGAGAACGCCGUUGCCAUGCUCGAUGCGGUGCAGACACCACUCAUCAUUGACCCGGCGAAUCAAGCCAUUGAGUGGAUUAAGACACAUUUGAAGACCAAAAAUGUCGUAGCCGAGGUGACGUCAGUGCAUGAUGAACGCUUCGCCCACACAUUGGAGCUCGCUGUGCGCUUCGGCAAGACAUUGCUCGUCAUGGAUGUGGAUGGCAUCGAGCCUAUCCUUUAUCCUGUCUUGCGGCGCGAUCUGCUUUCGGCAGGCGCCAAGCGUGUGGUGCAGGUUGGAAACAAGCAGGUGGACUGGCAGGACACGUUCCGCAUUAUGCUAUUCACGCGGCGUACAGACCUCACGCUUCCACCAGGCGCCGCAGCAUUGGUGCUGGAGGUAAACUUUUCUGUUACUAAGUUUGGCCUGGAAAAUCAGUUACUGGGAGUCACCAUCCAGCAUGAACGUCCCGAGCUUGAGAAGCAGCGGGUAGAACUGCUGCAGAAGGAGGAGAACCUCAAGCUUGAGCUCAGCAAUCUAGAAGUGCGGCUGCUGAACGACCUCGCAAGCUCACACGGCGGACUGCUAGAGAACACUGCUCUCAUCACUGCCCUCAAUGAUGUCAAGACGCAGGCUUCCAGCAUCAGUGAAGCCCUGCAGCAGUCCCACGCUUUGCAGGUAGAGCUUGACGAAAAGCGUGAUGUGUAUCGUCCAUUCGCCAGCAAAGGGGCCACAAUCUUCUUCCUUGUGAAGGAUAUGGAGAAGAUGAAUCGUAUGUACCACUUUGGGCUCAACGACUUUGUUAGUUUGUUCGUUGACUGCCUGAACGCGUACAAGGGGGAGACAGACGUGGAAAGCAAGAUAUCCCAGCUCACCCUCAACUUUGCGCAGAAAUGCUUCUACCACGUUAGUCUUGGUUUGCUGAAGCGCGAUCGCCUCGUGUUUGGGAUGCAUCUCGUCCAAGGCUUCUUCCCCAAUACAUUUCCUACAUCCUUGUGGAACGUGUUGGUCGGCAUCACUACCAGCAGCAGCAACGAUGUUGCACUUCCCUCGUGGGCGCCGCCGACGGCACGUGUAAAAUUCGCCUCCAUCGCAUCUGACAAGACGGCGGCGGAGUGUAUGCAGCGAUGGCAGCUGCACGACGAGCAGCGUUGGAGUAGCUGGAUGCAAGAGAGUACGCCAGAGGAAAGCCUCUCGAAGGAUACCAGCCUUACUGUGAUGGAUCAGCUGCUUCUCAUUAACACCUUCCGUCCCGAUCGCACAACGGCCUUGCUGCACCGUGUCAUCAUAGACUUACUUCAGCUCGACACGCUUGUGCCUAUCACAUCACUUGAAGAGACAAUCAGCCGCGGCAAGGCCGACACACCCAUUAUUCUUAUUACUUCGACAGGCGCAGAUCCGAGUCUGGAGGUGCAGGAUGUUGCACUGCGGCUUGUGGGGAGGCAGCGCUUCACGCAGAUUGCGCUGGGCGGUGGUCAGACUGAGGAUGCGAUGCUGCACAUUCGUCGGUGCGCUGCCCAAGGUGAUUGGCUCUUCCUGAAGAAUCUCCAUCUAGUACUAGACUGGGCGACAGUGUUGGAGAAGGAGCUGAGUGUGAUGCCAAGUCCAAACGCGGAUUUCCGUCUCAUCAUUACAACGGAGCCGCAUGAUCUAUUUCCCACCGUCUUGCUGCGCAUGUCUGCAAAGGUGACAGUAGAGGCACCACCGGGGGUGAAACAGAACCUACUGCAAUCCUACACCACAUGGGAUGAGGCGUUCCUAGGCAAUAAGACCCAAAAGGCGUCCCAGAUGUUGUUUGGUCUAGCAUGGUUCCAUGCUCUACUACAAGAACGGAGAAAUUAUGUGCCUCAAGGGUGGGUGAAAUUCUAUGAGUUUUCGCCGGCUGAUUUAAAAUCAGCAGCAGACAUUCUUGGUGCCUUGCCGCAAGAAACGAUGGACUGGACAACGCUUCGCGGUCUUCUGCAGGAGUGCAUCUAUGGCGGACGCUUAGAGAACCCGCAUGAUGAGCAGGUGCUGGCGAAGCUGGUCUCGAAUAUUUUCAACAAUGAGGUACUUAUUUCUGGCUCAAAUAAACUCUAUGACAACAUUUAUGUUCCGGCUACAAACGAACACGGUGCGAUUGUGCAGUUUAUUCGCGACCACCUUCCCGAUACGGACACUCCGGCUAUUCUAAGACUCCCAGAUAACGCGGAUCGUGCGGUGAAGGAGCACAUUGCCACGCAUCUGCGGGAGGAUUUGCGAGCUUUUGCACACCUGGCUCAGGUCAGUGUGUCGGCAACAGAGGCCUGGCGCACGCUGCUCAUUCCCGUUGCAGAGAUGUGGAAUACCAGUGGUAUAACGGUGCAGAAGCAUCUUCCCUCAAUUCCCGUGGAAGACGUUAACCCAGAUCCCAUGGUUAUCUUCUUUGUGAAUGAGGUGGGUCUGCUAGCUGACAUCAUUGUGGAUCUCUCAGCGACCUUUGAUGACCUGCGCUGCGUCGCGGACGGCGCGCUCAUCCCGUCGUCAAGGCUGCGUGCUGAGGCGACAGAGCUCAUUGGCGGCCGUGUGCCACCCCGAUGGCUCGACAUGAUGGAUGGUCCAAAGGAGGCGAAACUCUGGCUAGCGCUCCUGCAGCGGCGUAUGACGGCUAUGCUUGACUAUGCGAGGCGCCCCUUUUCUCCGUCAGCGGCACCGUUCGAUUUGAUGGACUUUUUGCGGCCGCAAACCUUUCUCAACGCACUGCGGAUGUACACCGCACGCGCCACCGGCAAGGGCCUUGUCGAUUUGACGCUCGUCGCCGCGGUUGGCGGAGGCGGUGCGACGGACGGACUUGAAGUUGGCGUCACCCUCAAAGGUGCUUCCAUUCACGUCCAGGGCGCAGUGCUUGACGCUCGUGGUGGCGUGGUUAUGGCGUCAGCGAAUUCCCCAUCUUCGACGCCGCUGAUGUCUGACGUUCGGGCGGGAUGGGUACGCGCGAAGAAUAUGGACGGUGUGGUUCGCAUCCCCCUCUACACAAACGCUGAGCGCACCACCACAAUUCUGGAUUUGUUGGCCCCAUGCGGCGCAGAUGUGGCAGAGAAACUGCUGCUCGGGGGGGUGGCGGCGUUCCUCAUGUCAGUCUAG